CUCAAUCGCAGCAUCACUUGUCUGCUUAACACACUCACUGACUUUCUCUCGUUCAACUUCUUUCGCUCAAAUCCCACUACCAACACUAUCUUCAAGGAACAGCAACACGAAAAACUCAACAUGAAGUUCCUCAUUGUCUCACUUCUCGCUACUUUGGCCGCUGCCUCUCCCAUUGCAGUGCCAGAGCCCAGCAUCAAUAUCGUCGCCAACGACCUCGAGGCUCGCCAAUUCGGCGGAUCUAAGAGUGAACUUGAAAGUGGAAGUGCUAGUGCCUGCCCCAAGGCUAUCCUGGUCUUCGCUCGUGGAAGCACUGAAACAGGCAAUUUGGGUACCUUGGGUGCACCGCUCGGCGACGCCCUUGAGCGCAAGUAUGGCGCGGCGAACUUCUGGGUUCAAGGUGUGGGUGGCCCCUACGGCGCAACUCUCUACGACAAUGCUCUUCCUCGAGGGUCCUCGCCGGCUGCUAUCGCGGAGAUGGUUCGUCUCAUCACCAUGGCCAACACGAAAUGCCCCAACACCCCGGUUGUUGCUGGUGGUUAUUCUCAGGGUGCUGCUUUGGCAGCCGCCGCUAUUACCGACCUCACUGCUACCGUGCGCAACCAGGUUGUGGGCACAGUGCUCUUCGGAUACACGAAGAACAUGCAGAACAGUGGCGCCAUUCCGAGCUACCCUUCGGACAGGUUGAAGGUCUUCUGCGCGGUCGGCGAUUUGGUCUGCACUGGAACCCUUACAAUCACCGCAGCACACUUGUCCUACGGUCCUCAGGCAAGCAAUGAGGCACCGGCUUUCCUGAUCAGCAAGAUCGGAAACUAAGCGGACAUAACAUCACUGUUGUCAGGGCGUCGAAGUUCUCUGUCCUGGGGUCUGGUAUCUUAGGUUGAUGUGGGGAUGAUUUUGUUGGGCAAUCUCUGGCUUUCAAAAGGGUAUUCACGUUCU